AUUAUUACCUCUAUCGAGUAAUAACUAACCACAGUUUUGCUCGUUACCAGUUCCCUUACUAUUCACAUACUUAUUACAACACUAGAAUAAGCACCGUCUCUGCCUGCGUGUUUUACUGCAACUGAAAAUUAUCAGCCGAGAAGGAGGAAAGGUCGAAAAAAAAACUAAAAAGUAAAAUACUGGUUAAAAAGUCUGCGAAUUCCAGCAGUUACUGAUUUCAUUUGCCUUUUUCGAAGUUAGGCCUGAAUGAAAAGUUGUUCAAUUGCUCUCCGAAUAAUUGGGCUCAGAAUUCCUCGAGAAUACUUCACUGGUAUAUCAAAUGAGGCAACUAGUAGUGUAGAAUUUCCACUCUGCUCUGAAAUAAAAUCGCCCUUCCUGCUUUUUAAGCCAGCCUCGAAGUCAGUUUUUCCCCUAAUUUUCACGAUUUUUUGUCUCUUUCUUUUUAGUGGUUAUUUAUACCGCACGUAGUAAUAAUAUCUCGGCGUAACGGUGUAAUAACAUGGCGUGUUGGUGAUGUUCUAAGUACUAACUAGCUAAUACACGACAAUGAGCAACCCGCCCCUUUUUCCAGACACUUCGAAGAAAGGGCAAAAAUAGAACUUCUCAUUAAAAUUACCAUUCCGUUUUUCUUCAAUUAUUCCUUCUUAUUGUUCAAUUGCAGCAUUUGCAUUAUAAUUUAUAAAUGCAGUUUUAUUAUUCUGAGUUCCAGUUGCUGAGUUGUAAGAAGACUGCAGAAAAGCUCUCUCCCCGUCCCUUUUGUUGGUUUUAUUCGUUUACUUUGCAGCAGUAGCAUACCGGUCUUUCCCAGUUAUUUUCCCAUUUACCACAUGCUUAUGUCACUUAGCGAGACUGACAUGCUGGGUAUAUGUUCAGUUUCUAGACGACAACCCUCCCCCAUUUUUCUGUGAGACCCCGUGACGUGCAAGCAGCACAAUCAAAUUCUGCUGCAGCGCACUUAACCGUACUACUGUUCUCUCAGCCGCUGACCGGGGAAACAAGUUGCAAAUUAAUUCAUUCAUUCAGUCACGAAUCAGUCGAAAUAAAACCCUUCAGCGAGGUUUCAAAUUGCGUAAUUAUAAUAGCACUCAGGGCCAAUUGGCUUUUCAUUAUUCAGUUCUCUUGUGUAGUUUAUCUUGUUUCAACUGAUUUAUUUCCUCGUUUUAUUUCAUAGAUAACGACAUCCAAGUGCAGAAAAUGGACGAUAACUUAAGCUGAAUUGCACAAAAAAAACACGCGUUGGAGGUUCGACAAAACCAACUUCAUUCCAACUGCUAGCUUAAUCGCCGAUCUGCCUCGUCAAAAAACUGACCUCAAAAUUUACCAAUCGAAUAACCUGCGAACAUUAUUUUUAUUUCAAGUAUUUAAACAUAAGUGAAAUUCUUUUUAGCGGCAAUUACAUAUUACUUGUCUAUAACUGUCUACAAUUCCUCCGUUUGAUUUCGCUUUUUGGUUUAGUUAAUUUACCCAGUUGAUUAGAUUGGUUAUACUUAGUUAUUAAUUGAGGUUCUUCUGUGGAUGAGCUCCAUCUUUCAGGCGUUGUGCCAUGCUGACGCAAUUGGCGACCCGCAGUUUUUGCACCUCCACUUAUUUCACACUUUUUCACUGGAAAGUUCCAUCACUAUUAAAUCACUUCUCGUUCACACAUCGUUCACGACCAGUCAGGAUCAGUUGUCAAGGUCAGUUAAGUUCAGUCGCUGCUGCCUGGAGGUCAAAGUUUCAGGUCACUUGCGGGUUGCUAGAGCAGAUAGCUAAUUAUGCAUUUGGUGAGCGAUGUCUCCGAUUCGGUUUACACUUUGCUUAACUACCCCCAUUUUAUCAACAGAGUCAAACUCGUUAUAAUAAACUACCUGCUCAUAACUAGUCUCAUUCUGCAGCCCUGUUCCGCUGCAAUUGGGCGCCAAAAAGUAUUGUCCAAGUCAUCGAGAACCCAAAACUCCGAAUCAGACCAACCCGAAAUCAUUUCAUCAUCUGCAAGAAUAUCCCAAAUCGAAAAUAUGCCAAAAGUGAAAACAAAAUUAAAGCCAGAUGGAAGAGAAUGUAAUAAAUUAUAUGGUCAGUUGGUUCAAAGGUCUGGAUUGAAUGAACUGCAGAAAAAACAGAAUACCAGCUGUCCAAAAACACAAGCGGGCGAAAAUACUCAAAAUUGGUACGAAUACUUCAAGUAUUUAGCCCACGGAGAACCUGAGAAAGAAAUUUGUGGCCUUCCCGGAUACAGUGCUGUUAUCCCUGAAAAAGACGAGCAGAACAAACAUCAAUGGGGUAUUCUGUUCACUCCUGAAAUUGAUUAUGCAUUUACAAAUAAGGAAAUAAACGAGUCGCACAUAUGGUCUGUAAAAUCAACCUGCAAAAAUCUGUUCAGAAAAAAUGAAACAACAACUCACGAAAACUCAGAUGAAAAUUCAAGUUUACCACUUGAAGAUUUACUGAGCAAGUUACGGCUACCAUUUUGUGGUUAUUACAAUAUUUUAAUAGAAGAGGCUUUUCCUCAAAAUUUCACGCUUUACAACCAGUGUAUGCGACCACGAGACACAUUGCUAACUUUGCAGCAUAUUUUGGCACCACAUUCAGGGAGUAAUAGCACCCCUCUCAUAACUGAGUCAAAUUGCGAGGCGGUGCUGACUUAUUUAACGACAAGCGACUACAAGGCCAGUGUGAAUUUCUACGGGCACUUCGUGGCGUCUCUCGCGAGGUACGAUUGCCGAGUGCCAGGCAAAUCGGAUCCCGACUACACAGUCGGCGCCGUCUGCUUUAACUGUGCCGUGGUGUACAGACAAUGGAUAUGUGGAACCUCAGUUAGACCUCCGGAGGAGCUACUAAAUCCGAUUUCAUCCAGCAUCCUAAACCUCUCUUCAACUUCACCCCUCGCGCCUUCUUCCGAUCAGUCACGUGACCAAAACGUUCACUCUUCGUCUUUUUUGGACGAGAAAAGGGAGAGUGAUAAUGAAGGGGUCCGAACAACGCAACAAGUAUCGAGGACCAAAUCUGCUGACGUCAUAGGUGCUACGACGGAUACUGAAAGGGGAAGUCGGGGGGAUAAAAACGUGAAUGGGAUAAAAGAGAGGGGGAGGGGUGGAAUGGGGAAGCCCUGCAACACACUGUGUCACAGAGUGGAGCUGCUUUGUCCUUUUCUUAACCCCUCUUUGGCCAGUGGGGGUCGACCUGUAUUCGAAUGCCCCCCUGUAACUGGCGUGGAUGAAAUAGAUUUCUAUAGCAAUGACCAAAAUAUGUGUUACAAUCCAUAUCAAAACUCUUCUCUCGACUCUAUGCUGCAGACACAAUUAGACCUGCAACAGCUCCCGACAACACUUCACAGUCGGAGAAACGCCCCACCCCUGCGAGCAGAUUCUUGGAUAUGGCCCUCCUCACGAAGGAAAAGAUCCUCAUCGCCUAUUGUCACGCUAAUCCGGAGAGUAACCAGUAAUGCUGCCAUUUCGCCGCAGCAAUCAUCAAUCGUACUGGCUAGUUUGGAAACAGUGAGAGGGCUGAUGAUAGCAUUGUUUUAUGACAAUAACCUCUGGCCCUUCUACGGGGGUUGGAGGGAUGCUGGAACGGUGGUUUCAAAUUCCUCUGGGGACCAAUUGAGUGCCUACUUGUUUUCACGCGACCUUUCACUUGAUGAAAACUGUUUACAUUAUUUACAGCAAAAGCAGCAGCAGCAGCCGCAGCAGCAGCAGCAGCAUGAGAAUCUCUGUUCACGUGAGGUGGGAGAGGGAAAGAUAGGGGGGAUUGUUGUGGGGUGUAAAUCUAAUUACGACUGUCUGCAUUGUGUGCGCGGACCCUUAUCGCGAGCGAGACUUCUUGAGCGAAAUUGCAUUUCUACCAGUGAAAGGGGUAAAGAGCCCACAUCAUUUAGCAUGAAUGAAAGGCUGUUAAAUUUGAUAAGCACCCUUACACACGUGGCGCUUUACCUAUGUGUCGUAUCGUGGAUACCUCUUCCUCUUUACCCGUUCAGAUAAUGAAAAAGCGGGCUCAAAUUCGCCCCAAAGAGAGGGUUCUAAUUAACAGACUGAAAGCCUUUGGGAUUAUUUCCAGCGACCCAACCCCCUCUUUGGACCACUUACAUCCGACAUGUUUACUCCGUCCACAGUCCUAUAAAUCACCCGCCGCCACACACCAACGCCAAACAACACCUAACACCACCGCCAUUGCCGCUGCCGCUAUGAUCCCAUCCCCAAGCUGACCAAGGAGGACAUGAAAUAAGGAUAAAAACUGAAAUGAACGGGAAAUUUACCCCAUGAUGUGUUACGUAAUUCAGAUACGUAACUCUGAAUUGACCAAAUAAGGAUGACUGCACGUCUCCGCAUUAUCUUUUUUUCUGGGGAAAAUUAACAAUUAAUCAAAUAAGAUUGUACUAAUUAUUUCAAAUGGGCAGAUUU